AUGUCUACUGAACAUUCUUUACCUAUUCCAGGGGCAGAGAGGAGGAAUAAGCAAGACUCGGAUCCAAACUCAUUAGCUCCUUCAAGUGAAAGUGGAUCUAAAAAACAUCUUCUUCAUUCCAUGUCGCCAUUGUCUUUAUCGUUACCUGAAAACGGCGAUACUACAACCAUUUCUGAACUAUUGGACAAAAACCCUCCACCUGCCACUGAAAAGGCAAUUGCUUCACUAGCGCCAAUGUUGGAAAGUUUUGCUCCUAAAACCAGUGCUGAAGAUUCGGCAUCUAGAUUAGGAUCGAUUUCGUCAUCACCUGGUGUGCCUGCAACAACUUCAGAAUCAGUAGUAGAAGAAGUACAGCCAUUGACGGCAGAGAAUUUAGGUGCUGGAAAAUCAUAUUCGAAUCUGGUUUCUACAUUUGCAUCUGCCGAAGGGCAGCGAUUAAACAAGACAAUUUCCAAUUCAUCAAAUACUUCAAGAAAAUCAUUCUCGCAAACAACAAAUAGAGACCCUGAUCAUGUUGCCAAAUUACCCAAAAUUGGUAAAAUUGGAGUUUGUGCCAUGGACGCGAAAGCCUUGUCAAAACCAUGUAGGAAAAUUUUGAAUCGAUUAAUUGAAAAUGGUGAAUUUGAAACUGUUAUAUUUGGAGAUAAGGUAAUUCUUGAUGAAACAAUUGAGAACUGGCCGACAUGUGAUUUUUUGAUCAGUUUUUUUUCAACUGGGUUCCCCCUUGAUAAAGCAAUUGCGUAUGUCAAUUAUAGAAAACCAUACAUUAUUAAUGACCUUGUACUUCAAAAGGCGUUAUGGGACAGACGUGUUGUAUUGGCGAUUUUAAACCAUGCUAACGUACCUUCACCUGAAAGAUUGGAGAUCAGUAGAGAUGGAGGGCCAUAUUUGGAGCUUCAAUUACUUGAAAGAUUAAAAGAAAUUGGCUUUUCCGAUGAAAAAGUGCAUGCUUUAACGCAUCAGGAGGAACCUGAUUGGGAAAUGGUUGAUGAUGAUACGUUGAGGGUCGGUGACAAGUAUCUCAAGAAGCCAUUUGUUGAAAAACCCGUUGACGGAGAGGAUCAUAAUGUCUAUAUUUACUACCCCAGGGCCACUGGUGGUGGUGGUAGAAAAUUAUUUAGGAAGAUCGGUAACAAAUCAUCAGAGUUUGAUCCAGAGUUGGUGUCGCCUAGAACUGACGGUUCAUUUAUUUAUGAAACAUUUAUGGAUACUGAUAAUUUCGAAGAUGUUAAGGCAUACACUGUGGGUCCCAAUUUCUGUCAUGCCGAGACACGUAAAUCCCCAGUUGUUGAUGGGAUUGUUAGAAGAAACACUCAUGGUAAAGAGAUUAGAUACGUGACUGAGUUGAGUAAAGAGGAAAAGAUAAUGGCGAGAUCAGUUAGCGCUGCGUUCAAACAAACAAUUUGUGGAUUUGAUUUAUUACGAGUCAAUGGGAAAUCAUAUGUUAUUGAUGUUAAUGGAUUUUCCUUUGUCAAGGAUAACAAUGAAUACUAUGAUUCAUGUGCUAGUAUCUUGAGAGGCUUGUUCCUUGAGGCUAAAAAGAAUAGAGACUUGUUGAAGAAUAGAGUUCCAAAGAGUUUACAAACGAGUCAAUUUGAAGAGAAAGAACAGAAAUGGGUAUUCAAAGGAAUGGUUAAUGUCAUUAGACAUGCUGAUCGUACUCCAAAGCAAAAAUUCAAGUACUCAUUCAAAUCACCCUUAUUUAUUAGUCUUCUUAAAGGUCAUACUGAAGAAGUCAUCAUCCGUGCUGUUGCUGAUUUGCAAGUGGUUUUAGAAACUGUUAAGAUUGCCGAGGAGAAAAAGCUAGAAGACCCAGCAAAAUUAAAACAGUUACGAAUUGCAUUGGAAAAGAAGAUGAAUUUCCCUGGCACUAAAGUUCAAAUUAAACCAUCAUUGAAUAGCGAGAAUUCCGAAUUGGUUGAUAAGGUACAGCUCAUCCUUAAAUGGGGUGGGGAAGCUACUCAUUCUGCCAAACAUCAAGCUUCGGAUGUUGGUGAACAAAUGAGACAAAAUUUGAAAUUAUUGAAUCGGGAAGCAUUGGAUGAUGUUAAAGUGUAUACAUCAUCUGAAAGGAGAGUCAUCACUAGUGCUCAGUAUUUCACUACUUCACUUCUUGGAUUGACUAAAGAACCUUUGCCUGAUGAUUUUCUUAUUGUUCGUAAAGAUUUACUUGAUGAUUCAAAUGCUGCUAAGGAUUUGAUGGAUAAAGUAAAGAAGAAAUUGAAACCAUUAUUGAGACAAGGUGCUGAAGCACCACCACAAUUCACUUGGCCACCAAAAAUGCCGCAACCUUUUGUUGUUAUCAAACGAGUUUGUGAAUUGAUGAAUUUUUAUCAUCAAAUUAUGAAUUAUAAUUUCGAAACUAAAAACGUUGCUGAAUUCCAACCUAAUUGGUGUUGUGGAGAGGAUCCAUACUUGUUUAAAGAACGUUGGGAUAAAUUAUUUCAAGAAUUCAUCAGUGUUGAAAAAACACAUCCUUCCAAGAUUUCUGAAUUGUAUGAUACGAUGAAAUAUGAUGCGUUACAUAAUCGUCAUUUCUUGCAGAAAAUAUUUGCAUAUGAUCCUCAUGAUGAAGCGUUGUUGGAGAGAUUAAGAGAAACAUGUGGUGAUACCGUUAAUUCAUCAGGAUUGGUUAGUGAAUAUCCAAUUAAUAUCUUGGCCAUGAAUAAUUUUAAACUUCCUGCCGAUAACAAUGGAUCUGCAUCUACUUCACAUAGUAAUUCAAGCACACAAUUGCAUACUUCAAAUACGGCAUCAGCAGGAUCUUUAGGUUGGGUGUUGAGUGGUGCUAAUGUUGGUGCUGGAGAAGGUGGUAGUGCUAAUGCAAAAAACGCUAAAGCUCCAGAAAAUCCAUUUGAUUAUCCUACAUAUGCUAGAUUGAGAGAAUUAUAUCGAUUAUCCAAAGUCUUGUUUGAUUUUAUAUGUCCUCAAGAAUAUGGUAUUAAAGAUGAAGAGAAAUUGGAUAUUGGAUUAUUGACGUCGUUACCAUUGGCGAAACAAAUCUUGUCAGAUAUACAAGAUAUGAAAAAGAAUAUUUCAUCGCCAUCAGUGGUGAACUAUUUUACUAAAGAAAGCCACAUUUACACGUUGCUUAAUGUUAUUUAUGGAUCUCAAUUACCAAUGAAGAUUGCUAGAAAUGCCUUGCCGGAAUUGGAUUACUUAUCACAAAUUGUAUUUGAAUUAUACGAGGCUGAUGAUCCAACUAGUCCAUUGGGUAAAAAACAUUCAAUUAGAAUGUCUCUAAGUCCUGGAUGUCAUACUCAAGAUCCAUUGGAUGUUCAAUUGGAUGAUGAUCAUUACAUUGGAUGUAUUCCUAGAAUCAGUUUGACAAGACAUUUAGAUAUGGAUUUGGUCACUCAGCGAUUGAAAUCGAGAUUUUCAAGAGUUUCAUUACCAAAGAAGUUUACUCCUGUUAAUAUAUCGAGUCCUCUUGUUGGUGGUAUUUAG